AUGCUGACAGGCUUGUUUCAGUCGCGAAUUGCACGUGUAAACAACAGGCAAUCACUCCCGUCGGCGCUGCAGUCACCAUCACCUGUACCCUCAACGCACUCGACUACACCAACAAACCGCAUUUCAAUAGCGGGCGACCCAAGGUCAACCGAGUCUAGAUCGAUUGUCAAUGGCCAGCGACGGUCGUCACUCCUUCCCACUUCGUCGCGAGAUCGGCAAGAGCGAUCCCCAGCUCCCGCGCCCAUCAUCACCCCCAGGACACGGGAUCCUGGGCUCUCGCACAAGGCUUCCUUCUCGUCGCGCAGAGAUGCUGACCUCUCGCCUCGCGACUUUCUUGCCCAGUUUGGCCAACGUCGACCAUCGAACCCGGAUACCUACAACACGCCGCCUAGUCGCACGCCAGUACAGACGUACCGGCCAUCUAACCUAAACUACUCGUCCUCUCGCGAUGAUACACGAGAGCGAGAUCGCGACCCUCGAACGCCUCACAUAGAAACAAGCUUCGAAAGUGCAUCUCGUGCUGACGGGACUGAAUCUCACGGCUCCACGGGACCUGCGGCAUCGGUGUGGGACGAGCUGGACGAACUCAAGACCAGGAUUCGAAAGAUUGAGCUUGGAGGCAAGAUUCCCGCAACUUCUGGCGCAGCGGUGACCCAGGCCAUGGCCGAUCGUCCUCGGACCGCAAACACUUCUGCAACGACGGUGUCAUCAUCGCCAAAUCAGCAGCGCAAGUCCAACGUGUCUCCUCCCGAGUCGACAACCAAUACGCAAACGCCAAGCACCAACCGAACUCACCCCUUAUUACGGGACGCCCUUGCCAAGGCUAGACAACACAUCUCGCCUGCUGUCUAUCGUGUGUUGGAGGCCACGGCGACCGAGGCCCUAACGCUAGCUGAAAUGACUGGAAGUGCAGGACCUCAGGGCACCCUGCAUUCCGCCAGCUCUAUCCUAGGAGGCUCCAACGUGUCGGAUCGUCAAGUACGACGCAAGGCUGACAACAUCUGUCGCAGCCUGACAGAACUCUGCAUCGCUAUGACCGAAAACAAGUCAACGCUCCCAAGCCCGGCCAUGAGGGCAUCUGCAGCUGCCAUGUCACGGCGUCCGAGUGUUCAGAUGAAUGGAGAUUCGCCGACGAUUCGUCAAAGCAUUGAACCUGAAAGUAACUCGUUGCCUGGUGUUAGUCCCAGCAGAGCACUGAGUCGCAUCGAGGCUCGCAGAUCGAGCAUGCUUGUGAGCGGUACAAAUGGAAGUUACAGAGAGUCGAGUCAAGACUUACAGGAUGAGAGGCAGAACCCAUCUCGACUACAGCGGGCUGGCACAAGCUUACACCGCUCUCGUGGUAGCAUCGAUGAGGAAGAUGAAGAGGAAACAAUGCGUGCACCUUCCCGUGCCCUGACUGACUUCCGAAACAUACGUUCAUCAGAGAAGAAUAGGUUCAGCGGUGCCAGGCAAUACACAUCACGCGAACCGAUGCCAGACCUGCAACCCUCACCGUCCCUCCAGACUACGGCGCAUCUUCGUCGACCCACUGUCACUGGAAUAUCGAAUGAGAACAGCCUGCUCUUCCGAGACGGCCAGCGGCGCUACGAUCUAGGCCGCGAGAGCUUUGGCCGUGAGAGUUCUCCAGCAUACGAAAAGCAGGUGGCGGGUGGUCUUCGAGCGCGAGCCCAGCUUACCGCGAAUCGAAAUCCCACCAACCGCAACUCGAUAGGGGGAGUCUCCGAACUGGGUCGCAGUGUGAGCAUGGGUAGGCAGAGGCUGAGAGGCAACAGUACGGGCGAGUGA